AUGGAACUUAAAGAAUUAGUUUAAAUUAUAUUCAUAUAUUAUAUUAAAAUUGUUGGAAACAAAAGAAAGACAUUUAAUUUUGAAGUUAAAUACCAUUAGGAAGAUGAAUGUUUUGAAAGAAUAUCAAAUUCAUAUUUAGAAUAAUAUCCUAAUUACAAGUAAAUAUUAAUGAAGAGAUUUAUGUUACAUGAUGAUUUAAUAACAAAAUGA